GAGAGGCAGCCAUAUUUGAUUCGAUUAUGCUGUUCAGGCUGCGACAACCCGUUUAGCCAGUUUCUUCUUCACAAAAAAACGGCGAAUUUUCUUCACUACGAGGCCGGUCCAGGAUUCAUCUGCAACCAGCUCCAGCUGCAUUCACGGCGACGAAACUUUGUACCCUGUAGUCAACGAUGAAUCCCGAGUAUGACUAUUUAUUCAAGCUGCUCCUGAUUGGUGACUCUGGCGUUGGAAAGUCUUGUCUCCUCCUCCGGUUCGCGGAUGACACGUACACAGAGAGCUAUAUCAGCACCAUCGGCGUGGACUUCAAGAUCAGGACCAUUGAGCUGGACGGGAAGACCAUAAAGCUACAGAUUUGGGAUACCGCCGGUCAGGAACGCUUCCGCACCAUCACAUCCAGUUACUACAGAGGAGCCCACGGCAUCAUAGUAGUUUACGACGUGACGGAUCAGGAGUCCUUCAACAAUGUCAAACAGUGGCUACAGGAGAUCGACCGCUACGCCAGCGAGAACGUCAACAAGCUGCUAGUAGGCAACAAGUGUGACCUCACAACGAAGAAGGUUGUGGAUUACACCACAGCAAAGGAGUUCGCCGAUAACUUGGGGAUCCCCUUCCUGGAGACCAGCGCCAAGAGCGCCACCAACGUGGAGCAAGCCUUCAUGACCAUGGCGGCCGAGAUCAAGAAGAGGAUGGGCCCCGGGGCCACGGCCGGCUCCUCUGAGAAGUCCAACGUCAAGAUCCACAGCAAGCCGGUCACCACCUCGUCCGGAGGCUGCUGCUGAGGCCGAGCUGCGAGCAGCCUCAGCGUUUCCAUGCUCCACAGACAGGAAAGAAAAGCAGAGAGGGACUCUGAGCGGUUUGUAAAUGUGUGUGAAGCUAGAGCAGCGAUAGGACGGUAAGCCCACCCACCCAUCAGAAACCCCGGCCCUUCAUCUGAUUUAACUAACCCUUAUCUUAUCUCCUCACAAGAACACGCCUCACAUGAAGCACAUGCUUAGACGCGGCCAUGUGCUGCACUGGGAGGCGUGACGUCGGCACAACGAGGAGGCGUUCAUCCACCAUCCCAGAAUAAUCUAUAAACUGUAUAUAUUUAUACAUAAAUGUAAGAAGUGAGCGAUAAGUGGCUGGAGGCAACGAUUAAAACGACGGAGGAGAUCUUUGAUAACCCUUUCUUUUUGUCUCAGUUUUCACUCUUUGUUCAGGAGCCUGGACUUUCUCUGGGCCUCAGACCCGGAGGCCACUUUAUUAGGUACACCUGACCACCGGCUUCUGCAAGGAACCUGAUGUUCUAUUACUGGGGGUCAGAAUAUUGGGAACUAUGGGGGCACGGACGAGAUGGGGGGGAGUCUACUUUGUGGCAGAGCAGCAGUGUUGUACAGGUGUACCUAAUAAAGUGGACAUUGUCAUUAUUUCAAUAUUAAAAAGAAAAAUUAAAGUCAAAGUUGUUUAACUGCUCAGUUUUUAUUUCUGAUUCAUCUGUUAGUGUGACUGAUUGAUGAAUGAUUGAUUAGUUACAUUAUAACCAUUAAACUUUGAUUCCAAAACCUG